AUGUUUGGCCCUGUAGGUAAAAAUGCAUAUGCAUUGUCAGUUCUGAGGCGGGUAGAAAUGAAACUGGAUGGCCGAGAUAUUGCUGAUAACAGAGAAAUGAGUAUUGCAGAUCAAGUGGAUUAUCUACUUAAACAAGCAACCAAUGUAGAUAAUCUUUGCAGUAUUUUUAUGACUUCUCCUGUCAACAAGCAACUGCUUUAUGAGGUUAUUGGAUAUGGAACUAUCUUAAGGAUCGAGGUUGGACUGUUCCACAGUUGUUACAUGAAGAAGCGCCUCCUUUGUUGGUCAAAGCCUCCUGAGAUGGUUUACUACUUGCUUUGUGUCAUGGUGGAUAAAUUGAUGAAGUCUCUUGUUAGAUUUCUUUUCCUUACUGAUGCUGGUCUGCAGGUCAAGCUGCUAACUCCAGCGUAG